AUGAUGAACAAGCUCUACACUGGGGACCUGAGCCCUGAUGUCACUGCCAACCUCUGGCAGCUCUUCGGAGAGAAGCUGCCCCUGGCAGGACAGGUCCUCCUCAAGUCUGUCUACACCUUCAUGGACUACCCCAACCAAAACUGGGCCAUCCAUGCCAUUGAGACCCUCUCUAGUAAAGUGAAAUUGCAUGGGAAAAUCACGGAAGUUGAUUAUUUGGUCUCUGAAAAUCUAAGGAGCAGGAAAAUUCAGAUUCAAAACAUCCCUCCUCACCUACAGUGGGAAGUAUUGGAUGGACUUUUGGCUCAGUAUGGGACAGUGGAGAAUGUGGAACGAGUCAACACAGAUACAGAAACUGUUGUUAUCAAUGUCACUUAUGCAACAAGAGAAGAAGCAAAAAUAGCCAUGGAGAAGCUAAGUGAGCAUCAGUUUGAAAACUACUUCAAGAUUUCCUACAUCCCCAAUGAAGAGACGAGCUCCCCUUCACCCCCCUCCCAGGGAGCCCAGUGUGGGGACCACUCUUUCCGGGAGCAAGGCCACCCCCCUGGGGGCUCUUCUCAGGCCAGGCAGAUUGAUUUCCUGCUGCAGAUCCUGGUCCCCACCCAGUUUGUUGGUGGCAUCAUCAGAAAGGAGAGCUUGACCAUAAAGAACAUCACUAAGAAGACCCAGUCCCAGAUAGACAUCCACAGGAAGGAGAACUCUGGGGCUGCAGAGAAGCCUGUCACCAUCCAUGCCACCCCAGAGGGGAUGUCUGAAGCCUGCGGCAUGAUCCUUGAAAUCAUGCAGAAAAAGGCCGAUGAGACCAAACUAGCUAAAGAGAUUCCUCUGAAAAUCUUGGCCCACAAUGGCUCGGUUGGAAGACUGAUUGGCAAAGAAGGCAGAAAUUUGAAGAAAAUUGAACAUGAGACAGGGACCAAGAUAACAAUCUCAUCUUUGCAGGAUUUGGGUAUAUACAACCCUGAGCAAACUGUCACUGUGAAGGGCACAGUGGAAGCCUGUGUCAGUGCUGAGGUAGAGAUUAAGAAGAAGCUAUGUGAGGCCUUUGAAAAUGACAUGCUGGCCGUUAAUCAACAAGCCAAUCUGAUACUGGGAUACUUGGCCAGCCUGUACCUGCACCACCAUUUGGGCCCAUUCCCACAUCAUCACUCACACCCAGAGCAGGAGAUCGUGAAUCUCUUCAUCCUGACCCAGGCUGUGGGUGCCAUCAUAGGGAAGAAGGGACACAUCAAACAGCUGGCUCAGUUUGCUGGGGCCUCCAUCAAGCUGACAGCUGAAUUAGAAAACCUGUGAGCAGCUACCCAGCCAGGACCUCUUUGGACUGUUUGGCCCCUUUUCUCAAGAUCCAGCAAAGACAAGUUGGGGUUGUUGGGGGAGCUCCAGGGGUGCCAGCCUUAAGUGCUUUAGUUAGUUUGUGCCUGAGCAGCCACUAAACUAUGAGGAAAUGAUUUGAAUGCAAAACUCUU